AUGGCUUCCCCCGAACCGCGUGCCCACGUCGCGGGGCAAGACAGCAUCGAAGUCAGUGCUCCAACGCACCAGCAGCAGAUGGAAAAGCAGCACAGCGCCGGCAGCAGCGCGGUCGGUGCGGACAUGGACAAGAACGCCGUGCCACCGGUCGAGCAAUAUGCCGUCGACUCGGAGAAGCAGAGCGAAAAGGUUGGCUCGCUGCAAGCCAAGUCGGAAUCCGAACGGGAGAGAGGGGCCCUGGAGGCCUUCUGGCACCGGCAUUGGAAGAUACUGGCGGAACUUGUCGCGUUUAUGCUGUUCACCGCAUGGUGGAUCUACGGCCUCGUCUUCUACCGCCACACCGAAGGGAAAGGGUGGCUGAUUCCGACUCUGAUCUACAUCGCCAUUCUCCUGCGGAUCUUCUUCCUCCACGUCCCUGCGUCGCUGGUCAUGCGCCCAGUGCGCUGGGUCUGGGGUAACACCGCCGGCAGGGCCUACCACGCGACUCCGGCAAAGCUGCACAAGCCCAUUGCUGCUCUCGUGACCUUUGCCGUCUUUCUGAUCGGAAGCUUCGUGCCGGAGGAGUCCGGAGACAACACGCGGGCGAACCGUGCCAUCUCCAUCUUCGGCUUCAUCGUCAUGCUGUUCCUUCUCACGGUCACGUCCCGCGACUGGAGGCGCAUCCCCUGGCACACGGUCAUCGGCGGCAUGCUGACGCAGUUCGUCAUUGCCGUCUUCGUGCUGCGCACCAAGGCCGGGUUCGACAUCUUCAAGUUCAUCUCCGAUAUGGCGCGCCAGCUGCUAGGUUUUGCUGGCCAGGGUCUCGCCUUCUUGACCGACGACGAGUUUGUCAAGAAGACCUGGUUUCUGACGGGUGUUAUCCCCGCCAUCAUCUUCUUCAUUGCGCUCGUCCAGAUGCUUUACUACGUUGGAUUCCUGCAGUGGUUCAUCGCCAAAUUUGCCGUCUUCUUCUUCUGGAGCCUGCAUGUGUCGGGUGCCGAGGCAAUCGUCGCGGCUGCUACUCCUUUCAUCGGCCAAGGCGAGUCCGCGAUGCUGAUCCGCCCCUUCAUGGACUACUUGACCAUGGCCGAAAUCCACCAGAUCAUGACGUGCGGCUUUGCGACCAUUGCCGGCUCCGUGCUGGUGGCGUACAUCGGCAUGGGCCUCAACGCGCAGGCCCUGGUGUCGAGCUGCAUCAUGUCGAUCCCCGCGACUCUGGCUGUCUCCAAAAUGCGCUAUCCCGAGACCGAGACGCCCAUGACCGCGGGUAAGGUCGAAGUGCCCAAGAACGAGGAAGACGAAAAGACGGUCAAUGCACUCCACGCCUUCACCAAUGGCUCCUGGCUCGGUCUGAAGAUCGGUGCUACCAUUGUGGCCAUGCUACUCACCAUCAUCGCCUUUGUCGGCUUGGUCAAUGGCUUGCUCAGUUGGUGGGGCGGUUACUGGGGCAUGCCCGACGACACCCCUCUUACACUGGAGCUCAUUCUCGGGUACCUCCUGUAUCCCGUCGCAUGGUUGCUGGGCGUGCCGAAUGCCGAUCUUCGGCCGGUGGGCGAGCUCAUUGGUAAGAAGGUCAUCAUCAACGAGUUCGCCGCCUUCAAGGCCCUCACUAGCGAGGCACGCUACUUGGCCAUGAACCCCCGCUCAAAGCUGAUUGCCACCUAUGCCUGCUGCGGCUUCGGCAACAUCGGCUCGCUGGGUAUCCAGAUUGGCGUGCUCUCGCAGAUUUCGCCCCGACGCUCCGGUGACGUCGUCAAGGUUUCCAUCUCUUCUUUCUUCUGCGGCGUCCUGUCCACCUUGACGUCGGCCAGCAUUGCUGGCAUGCUGUACAUGGAGGGUAUGAUAGUGCAAACCUAA